AUGAUGACCAUGAACAGUAAGCAGCCUUUCAGCAUUCACCCAAUCCUCCAGGAGCCCAAGUACCCCAGCCUGCAUUCCAACUCCGAGGCCAUGAGAAGAGUUUGCCUCCAAGCCCCUCAGCUCCAGGGCAAUAUAUUUGGAGGCUUUGAUGAGAAUCUGUUGGCCCGUGCUGAAGCUCUGGCGGCGGUGGAUAUCGUCUCACACGGUAAAAACCAUCCUUUCAAGCCAGACGUAACCUACCAUAACAUGAGCAGCCUCCCCUGCACUUCUACCUCCUCUGCGGUGUCCAUGUCCCAUCCCUCAACCCUCACAAGUCACCACUCAAUGCACCAAUGCCUGGAAGGAGAUCUGCUGGAUCAUAUCUCACCUACCUUGACUGUAAGUGGCAUGGGGGCAUCUGAUCACACGUUGAUGUCCACCCAACUUCAUCCUCAUCACCUGGGAGCCAUGGGCCACCUACACCAAGCCAUGGGCCACCCUCACUCUGUCUCUGCUCACAAUGGCAUGUCUUGCAUCAACGAUGUGGAGUCGGAUCCAAGGGAGUUGGAAUCGUUUGCCGAGCGCUUCAAACAGAGAAGAAUAAAACUUGGAGUUACCCAAGCAGAUGUUGGUUCGGCUUUGGCCAACCUCAAGAUCCCAGGUGUUGGUUCUUUGAGCCAGAGCACCAUCUGCAGGUUUGAAUCAUUGACCUUGUCUCACAAUAACAUGAUAGCCCUCAAACCAGUCCUUCAGGCUUGGCUGGAUGAAGCUGAAGCUGCUUACAGGGAAAAAAACGCCAAACCCGAGCUCUACAACAGCAGCGAGAGGAAACGAAAACGCACGUCGAUCGCCGCGCCGGAGAAACGCUCCUUGGAAGCUUACUUCUCCAUACAGCCCAGACCUUCGUCCGAGAAAAUCGCUGCUAUUGCAGAGAAACUGGACCUCAAAAAGAACGUAGUACGAGUCUGGUUUUGCAAUCAGAGACAAAAACAGAAAAGGAUGAAAUAUUCCGCCGUCCAUUAACUGUGUGGGAUUUUUUUUGACUUUUAAUAGAGAUUUAUUACAAAGAGCAGGGAUCUUUAUUCAGGACUCACAGUAUUAUAUAUAUAUAUAUAUAUAUAUAUAUAUAUAUAUAUAUAUAUAUAUAUAUAUAUAUAUAUAUAUAUAUAUAUAUGAAGCCAUUGACUCACCUGAACUCCUCCACACCCCCACCCUAUCAGAUCUGUGAGAAAUACUCACAAGGUACUUCAUCUAUUUCCAGGUCACAUAAAGGAGAUCAGAAAUUUGAUUAGCCAGCUAUUAUAAAAAAAAAACCCAGCCUUCCAAGGGGAUUCUGGGAGUUGUAGGUAUGAAAGCUGGUGUGCUACAUCCAUGUGCUUGUUGUAUACACCUUAAUCAUACCUUUGUUGUUAAACCAGUUUUCGUUCUACCAAUGGCUUUUUUGAGGAUUAAAAAAUGCAACAACACGACUAUGAUCUUUAGAAUUGGUUUCAUGGUGGUUGUCCCUUCAGUAACAAGAUUCCACUUUGUAUCCGGUGUUAUUUUGACAGCAAAGACACCUACGUAAGCCUUUAUGCAGUCUGAUUCGGCUCUGUUUGGGUGCUGGCGCCCUAACGCAUGUGGGUGAAACGCGUUGGGUCUUCCAUAACUCCCAUUCACUUUCCAUUUUCACGCGCACAACGCGCCAAAGUGCAGGUUGUCUUAGGUUCUGUAACUUUAAAGAAGCACAAUUACAUGGAAGCAGAUCCAGUUUGUUCCCCUUUGAAUUAGACUGUUUUGUAUUUAUAUAUAUAUUUUGCUCUCUCUCUCACUCUCUUUCUGUUUCUGUCUCUUGGUCUUCCCAGCAGGUAAGUUUUUUCUUUCUUCAUUGUCUCCCUGGGGGACACCAAAGAGGGAAAGACCGUUUCUUUCUUUCUUUCUUUCUUUCUUUCUUUCUUUCUUUCUUUCUUUCUUUCUUUCUUUCUUUCUUUCUUUCUUUCUUUCUUUCUUUCUUUCUUUCUUUCUUUCUUUCUUCACCCAAAAAUCGACAUGGGUAAAAAGGAAUGAACUUUUAAUAUUUUACAUUUCUAAUUAGCAUUGUGAGCUUUCGUAAUUACAGGGAAAAUCAAAUAAUUCCAUAUAGAUGGAGACUUGCUGCUGGUUGGGGAAAACACAAGGGAUUGUUCUUUCUUUCUUUCUUUCUUUCUUUCUUUCUUUCUUUCUUUCUUUCUUUCUUUCUUUCUUUCUUUCUUUCUUUCUUUCUUUCUGUCUCUUGGUUUUCUCAGCAGCUAGAGAAAUAUCAAUAAUAAAUGAGAUCUACAAACCAAUUUUCAGCGGAGGGAUUAUAAUUCCUGCCUGUAAUGACUGUUUCGUUUAUUCCCGCAUCCCGCACAGUAUUUCAUUAUAGACAACGAAACGUGUCCUUAUCUGGUUUAUUUGCUGGAAGAUGUGCCUAGUUUUUUGGGGGCGUCCAUCCAUCUCACUGUGCUUCCCCUCAACACUGUGAUUCUUGCUAACGAUACACACUUGUUUGGAUUUAAUGAUCAAUAUGCAACAGUUGUCCCCCCAUCCCACCUCUAAUGGUACAAUAUUCUUGUUUACUUGUAUGAUACACAGAAUAACGAUUCUCUUCAUUUUUCUGCAUUUAAAUCUCUUCUGUCACAGGAAAAAAGUGUAUUAUUCGCUUUCUGUGUUUUUUUUUUUUUUUUUUACUAUAAACUGACUUUAAUGUUCCCCCCACUCCAAACCGUUCUGUGCAAUAAAUAAUUUAUUUUUGAA